AUGACUUUUACACGAUGGGCUUCAUUAAAGCGAAUUAAUAUCAUUCUUGUUUCGUCCAUAUCAAUUAAAGAUACAGAUACCAAAGAAUGGGUCAUGAAAAGUGAUAUAAUGCUUCUUGUUAUUCGUGAAUCUUCAACAGCCAAUGAUCGUACCAUAGCUUCUCUUCGGCAUGCAUCAGAGAAGAAAACCUUAUUUAUUAUUCGAACUCAUAUCAAUGAAAUUAUUAAUGGUGCUCAACGAUAUUCUCAAUCAGCUUCAAAUGAAGAAGAAACAGUAAAGAACGAACAAGAAUUUCUUUGGUCUCAAUAUAAAGAAUUUUUAACUUGUAAAGACGAUAUUUAUUUAAUUGGUAGUCAUUUUAAUCAUAAGGACAAAUGGGAUUUUGAAAGAUUAACAAAAGAUUUAAUUAGUAAAUGCGAAAUUACUCAACAAAAACAGAUUGAUCAGUCCAUUACAGAAGCAAGUCAUGCCGAAGUUCUUCAUAUUGAUUUGUUAUCAGCUGAUCCGACAUUACCAGUCGAUUUGCAAUCACAAGAUCAAAUAAGUGAAAUCGGUUUCGAUAAAGAAAAGCAAUCAUUCGCCGAAUAUUUCGACAAGCAUGGUUUAGAUGAAAUCGAACAAUAUUUUAUUUCUCGUUUACGAGAAUGGGAACAAUAUUCUCUUCAUAUUGCUGUGACUGGAAACAGUGGUGUUGGAAAAUCAAGUUUUAUUAAUGCAAUACGAGGAGUAACACCCAAUAGUCCAGAUGCGGCUAAAACAGGUGUUACAGAAUGUACUCGUGAGCCUCAAGCUUAUCCACAUUCCAUGCAUCAAAAUUUGACAUUUUGGGAUUUACCAGGUUGUGGAACACCAAAUUAUCCUCGUGAAAAUUAUCUUGAACGCAUUAGUUUUAAACAAUUCGACGUUGUAAUUAUAAUAUGUAGUGGACGUUUUACUGAAGAUGACGGUUGGCUAGCUGAAGAGAUGACUAAAAUGAACAAACCUUUCUUUUUUCUUCGAAGUAAAAUUGAUCAAGAGAUUAUCAAUGCUCAACGUGAUUCUCCUCCACCAUUUGAUGAACAUGCCGUAUUAGCAACAAUUCAAAAUGAUUGUUUGCACCACUUACGCCAAUAUUCACAUCAUCGCAAAGUUUAUUUAGUUAGUGGCAAUCAAAAAUACUUACAUCGAUGGGAUAUGGAUAAUUUUAUGCAUGAUCUUUGUCAAGCAUGUCCUCAAUUGAAACGUGAAUCUCUUGUCUUCUCAAUGAAUGCUCAUUGUCGAGAAGCUGUACGAGUAAAAGUUGAAUAUCUUCGAAAACGACAAUGGCUUGUGUGUAGUGCUAUUGCUGCAGCUGCUAUUCUGCCUGUUCCUGGUUUCUCCAUGCGUAUUAAUCUUUUAGCUUGUUUGACUGAAGCAAAAGAAUAUCGUCAACAGUUAGGUCUACAUAAUGAAGCUGUCGAACGUUUUGCUACAUUGAGAGAAAUUUCAUCAGAACACAUUCGACAAACAAUUAAUUCGAUUCUACCUCUUCUAGAUGACAAAACUUUUGAAACAUUAUUUAAAAACACAUUAUUAACUCCUAGUGCUGCCUUCAGCCAUUGUGUACCUGUUGUAGGCUCUGUUCUUUCCGUACAAACAGUCAUAAACACACUGGAUUAUUUUCUUAAAAUAAUGGAAAAAGUCGCAUUAANUUGGGAUAAAUGA